GGAGCGCACCUACCACGUUUGCGCAAGCAUCUGGGCGCCGGGGCGGAACCGCCCAAAACUCCUGCCUCGCCCUAUUUGCGCGAAGGCGCCUGCGCGCUACAAAUCCCACCCUUGGAGUCACCUGUCGGAGCUCGCAGCCCGCUUAGCCCCGCACUUGCGCACUGCGAGCUGCCCAGCAGGGGAGUCACGUGUUGGGAGUGAGCCGUCGCCCGCGCGGCGCUUCCUGUCGCUACUGCCACCACCGUCGCCCGGUGCUGGGGAGCCUGAGGCGGCGCCAGGAGGGAGAAGGCCGGGAUUUGGUUCGGUUCCGCCGCUAGCUCUCCACCAGGUAGGCUGUGAAGAUGCCAGGGCCAAGACCUCGGAAAGGCCCUCAAGCAAGUGGCCAGGGUGUGGCAGCUGCCAAGCAGCUGGGGCUCUUUGUGGAGUUCAGCCCUGAAGACAUGCUGCUGGGGGUGGAUGCGACGGAAAGCGAUGAGGAUCUGGAGGCUGAGCUGCUGGCCCUCACCGGGGAAGCAGGAACCACAGGCGGGACCCCAGCACCCAAGGGGCAGGCGCCCCUGCCCAUGGCGCACAUUGAGAAGUUGGCGGCGGACUGUAUGCAGGAUGUGGACGGGGAGGAGGAAGAGGAGGCAGGGCUGGAGGAAGAUGCAGACCUGCUGACUGAGCUGCAGGAGGUCCUGGGUGUGGAUGAGGAGGCUGGGCCCCUGGACGGUGAGGAGGCACCUGGCCCUGGUGUCUCUGAGGAAGAGCAGGGACAGGAAAACAUUGAGCCUCCAGCGCAGGCAGCCGCCCUAACAGCUUCAGCCUCAGUGGCACAGGCUGGAGAGCCCCGGCUGCGGAUUUUGCUGGAGGAGCGGAUUCGCAACUACCGGGAGGCUGCGGCCAGUGCCAAGGAGGCAGGUGAAGCCGCCAAAGCCAGGCGCUGUGAGCGUGGCCUGAAGACUCUGGAGUCCCAGCUAGCGGCUGUGAGGAAAGGCAGGAACAUCAAUGAGGAUGAGAUCCCACCACCGGUGGCCUUAGGCAAGAGGCCCCAGGGCCCCCAGGAAACAGCCAACCGGAGCCCUGCGGCAGAGACCCCAGCACCUCCUGCUGUGGAGCCAGACACCCUCUCCCAACCUGAGACAAGCCUCCCAGGCAGCCCUGGCAUUUCUGCCCCAUCUGAUUCAGACCCGGACCCACGAGCCCUGUUGUCAUCCCGACAGAGAGAGUACAAAGUGGCUGCCCUUAGGGCCAAGCAGGCUGGAGAUCUGGACCAUGCUCGAGAGCUCAUGAGGAUCGGGAAAAGAUGUGGUGCUGUCCUAGAGGCCCUGGAGAAGGGGCAGCCUGUGGACCUGAGUGCCAUGCCCCCAGCACCUGAGGGUCUGAAGCCCCCCCAACACACGUCUCAGGCCCCCACAGCAUCGUCACUCAUUCCGCCAGCCGUGGAGCAGGUGCAGCCAGUGAUGGCCUGUGACGUCCCAGCAACUCCAGUGCCUCCUGCUGAGCCACAGACUGUGCUGGACGUCCUGCAGCAGAGGCUCAGCAAGUACCGUGAGGCGGGGCUGCAGGCCCGGGGCAGCGGGGACGAGCGCAAGGCCCGGAUGCACGAGCGCAUCGCCAAGCAAUACCAGGAUGCUAUUCGAGCACACCGAGCAGGACGGAAAGUUGACUUUGCCGAGUUGCCUGUUCCUCCAGGAUUUCCCCCCAUCCCUGGCCUGGAGCCCGCAGUAGGCACUGAGGAAGGUACGGUGGCGGCAACUCUGGCCGCUGCGCAGAAACUGGCUGCCUCACAGGACACAGGCCCGGCAGACGAGGACGAGGACAAGGCUGAGCCGCCAGCACAGCCUCUGGUCCCUUCAAGCCAACCUCUGUCUGAGCCCAAGGCCUCAAGUUCUAAAGCGUCACUAAGUCCAUCUGUGCGGGAACAACUGGCACUGCUAGAAGCCCGGAAGCUGCAGUACCAGCGGGCAGCCCUGAAGGCCAAGCGGAGCCAGGACCUGGAGCAGGCCAGAGCCCACCUACGGGUGGCCAAGGGUCUUGAGGCUCAGAUCAUCCAGGCUCGAGCUGGCCGCCCUGUUGAUCUCUCCAAGGUACCUUCACCCUUGACGGAUGAGGAGGGUGACUUCAUCCUCAUCCACCACGAGGACCUGCGACUCUCCCAAAAGGCUGACGAGGUGUAUGCCCAACUGCAGAAAAUGCUUCUGGAGCAACAAGAGAAGUGCCUGCUGUUCUCCAAGCAGUUCAUGCACCAGGGCAAUGUGGCUGAGACUACCCGGUUUGAGAAGCUUGCUCAGGAACGGAAGAAACAGCUUGAGAUACUGCGGCUGGCCCAGGCCCAGGGCCUCGACCCUCCCAGCCACCAUUUUGAGCUGAAGACAUUCCAGACCGUGAGGAUCUUCUCUGAACUCAACAGCACAGAAAUGCAUCUGAUUAUUGUCCGGGGAAUGAACCUCCCAGCCCCUCCAGGGGUGACCCCUGAUGACUUGGAUGCUUUUGUUCGUUUUGAGUUUCACUACCCUAACUCGGACCAGGCUCAAAAAAGCAAAACCGCUGUGGUAAAGAACACAAACUCUCCAGAAUUUGAUCAGCUCUUCAAACUGAACAUCAACCGAAACCACCGGGGCUUCAGGAGGGUGAUCCAAAGCAAAGGAAUCAAGUUUGAAAUCUUCCACAAAGGAUCCUUCUUCAGAAGUGACAAGCUAGUUGGCACAGCACAGCUGAAACUGGAGCGGCUGGAGAAUGAAUGUGAGAUCAGAGAGAUCAUGGAGGUCCUAGAUGGAAGGAAGCCCACCGGAGGGAAGCUGGAGGUGAAGGUGAGGUUGCGGGAGCCUCUGAGUGGCCAGGACGUGCAGGUGGUCACGGAGAACUGGCUGGUGCUGGAGCCCAGGGGUUUGUGAGACAGACUUCCUGUGCUUUGCACCCCUGAGCAGCGGAUGGUCAGCACUGGGAGAAGCAGCCAGCAACUGUGUGCAGGAGCUGGUUUGUCCCACUUUGCUGCCUUCGAAAGCCUUUGUACAUGAGAGACGCUGCUACACGAGCACCAAGCCCUGUUGAGCACGUGCACUAAUGACCUCAACCCUGGUCUUUUCUGUUACACAGAAACAGGCUGGAUUCCAGGAGCCCCUCUCCCUACUGCCUCUCGCUCCCCAUAAUCUGGAUGAAGGCAAGGAUACCCUCCUUGCUCCAUGCCAUGGAGUCCUGCAGCCCUUUAACUCCUGUGUAGCAACUGUGCAGCCUACCCUGCCCCCAGCGGCACCAGUUCUGGACGUGCCUUUAAAAGCUGUAACUGUAAGGGAUGGGAAACCUUGGUGUGAUCAGAGCCUCCCCUGCUUAGGGCAGGGCAGGGUUCCGUGACUCCAGUGGGUCAGUGGCAGCCUCCCAGACCGCUCCUUACCCCGCUCUGCCCUGCCUGUGCCUUUGUUCCUGACAGCUGCUGCACUAGCCUUCCUGCUUCCCAGAGGACUUAGGGGAAGAGGAAAGUUAUUUUUGGUACUACUUAGUGGGAAAUAAGGGGAAGGUCAUCUUGGGUGUGGUCCAAAACCUAAGAUAAAAGACUGUUAACCUCUAGGAAAAGAAAAAAAUAUAUAUAUAUAAAAUAAAAUUUUAUGUAGCAAAUUUUACUUAGGAAACUAGGUCUAAUUCUUAGUACAGAUUUUACAGUCUGCACAGUGACAAAAGCCUCACGGCCUGUGCUUUUUCAAAGUCACACUAGCACUAAAGGUUGUGACCAAGACACUGCUGCUAUGGCUUUGAGAAGGGACAUGGAAAGUGUUUCCUCAUCAGCUGAUCACCUGGGGAAAUCCCUUAGUUCUCUGCAAGAAACUCUCCUUUGGCUUUAUCUGAAUGGCUGGAGACAGAGGGAUUUAUAGUGGUAAGUAGUUGUAACAAUAAUCAAAACAAAUAUUCUGUAUCUCUUAGAAAUAAAUACAUCUUUCUUGAAGUAGUAACUUCAAGGUCAACAAGGCACUCAUUUUUAAAAAGCUGUAAGUGAUAGUGCGUAAGCACAGUUCAGGGGUGGAGUUUGUGCCUUUUUUAGGGGUAACAGGACUGGACUCUGCUUCCUUGCCCUUAAGAGCGGAGCUUUUAGUGGGUCACCGAGCAGGAACUAUACACAAGUGACUUUCCCUCCUCCCCAGAAUCCUCUGGCCAGUCUUACUUACCUAUCACUACUGAGCUACCAAAACAUGUGUGUUAACUCUGAAUUGUAGUCCCGCGUCAAAGCAGUAAUCUAGAAAGGAGGCCUGUUACCCUUCAUAAGGUGGCCCAGGGGAAAGAACAGCCAAAUGGUUUCUCAACCAACCUACUCUCCUUAGGGUAUGUGCCCAACCCAGUGUGCUAAGAAGGUUUGGGGACCACUGUGACUAUCCUUGAAAUUUCCACCCAGCCCUGGGAAUUUCUAGAGUCAGGUCUCUGCUGGACACACUUUUUCAAUAGGAAGUUUUCUAUGGCUCUGGCUCCCAAGAUUUCCCUUUGCAACCCAUUUGUCAGCUUCAUUGCUCUUUGCUUUUUGAAAAACAGAACCUACAGGCUGAGGCAGGCAAGACAAAGCCUCCCACUGGGCUUGGAGACUGAAAUUCUUAAAAGGCCUUUGUUGUAGCUUAGGCACACGUGGGUCACUGACAGUGGGAGAAGCCAGCCCAGCCUCAUCUUGUCCUAAGAUUUAUCCAAAUACAGUAAUCAAACAGUGAAGAUUAGUGACUCAUGGGCAGGAGGGAACCAGCUAUAAUCCAAAGCAUUUAAAAAUUUUAAGUUCUCUUUUUGAUAAAGUACAGGGGUGGGAAAUUGCCAUGUCAGAAAGCUGCAAUAAUUUAUUGUAAUACUGCAUUCAAGAAACUUCAAUUAAAAUAAAUAUGUACAUUAUUUUGUAAAAGUCUUACUAUGUAGCAAAUUUCAAAAAAUGAAAACUCUUGGUUAAAAGUUAACAUUUCAAUGGAUUUGCUGUGUCUUUUGUUGGAAUGCACACGUAGUGGCAGCAGGGAGGCCCCCAGUUUCCAUGUUCCUCUAGAUGGGUCUCAGUCAUGUGUGACCCUAGGCACUUCAUUAGGCUGAGGUAGGAGGAUGUAGAUUCGUGCUUUGGUUGAAAAGCAUUUGGGGGGGCAUGUUGCUGAAAGUGUGUGAACUACAUUUUCCCAUAUUUCAGGUGGAUCUUUCUUAGCAUCAAUGACUGUAGGUGUCAUCUACUGAGUGCUCAAUGAAUUCCAACUGUAGUCCUAUAGGUGCUUUGGUGACGGCACUAGGUGAGGCUAAAUGUUAAUUUGAGUGUGAUGUCAUGAUUCUCAGUCAGUGAACCUUUCAUUGUGUUCCCCAAUUAAUAGGUCUGUAACAGUUGUGUGUUCUUCACAUGAUUCACUUAUAUCAUCCUGCUCGUCAGUGGCCUUUGUUAACUGGGGAAAAUGUUCAUCCACAUUUCCUUUUAAAGAAGUGUUUUGAAAAAAGAUAUUUUUAAAAUGCUUGGAUUUUUUUUGCCACAUAUCAUAUACAGACUUAGUUUUACUUUGUAAAGAAAUUGUCAAGUUGUUUUGACAUGGUGUAACAAAUAAAAAUGCUGCAUUCCUGUGAAAUCUUUUAGCCAUUCACAUUGCUAUUUCUGUUCUUACAGAGAUAAAAUUUUGGCUAACACCUGUCCCUGUGGUAGCCAGUGCACUUCAGAAUGACAGGGCAAAUCAUUCAACUUUAGUAUGUUAGGAAACUGAUGAUGCAUUUGUAUGAAUGUAGUUAACAAUACUUACGACUUGUCAAGUGUUACUUAAAAGAGUAGCUUUAGCACAAGAGAUUUUGCUGAUGCAGGACACAAUGAAAAGAAAUGAAAGCAUUUUGAUCUGGUAAUAUUUUUACCUGUGCAAUGAACUCUUCAUGCUUUCCUGUCAUGGAAGGUGCAUGGCGAAAUUUACCAAAUUCAGUCCAACUUCAUGUUUCUUGAAAAGUGAAGAUACCUAUUACCUGUGUUCUGUUUGCAGGAUUGCCCAAAGUGAGUAACCCUUUAUAGUAAAGAAAAUCUAAUAUGAUCCGAAGGAAGUAUAAAACCUGCACCAAGUCAGUAGUAUCGGUUUUCCAUUGCAGUAUUGUGUGAUGAUCUGUUAAGUCAGCAGUUCCAAAUGAAUUAAAGGGCUGUGGCAUUAGGAAGGUUGGUAUUAAGUUAAAGGCUAAUUCAUGCCGCCAAUGAAUUAUGGUUCUUGAAAGAGGCAGUUGUUUGUACUUUGAAACAUUAUUGGGGGUCUAAGUAUCCUACAACUUCAAGAAUGCAUUCUUUCACACUUCCUACAUCACUGAAUGGCUUCUCUUUUUUUGCCUGAGUUUAUAAGCUACUUGAUAAAUUGCUUCAGUGGGAUUAUUUCGGGGUCUUUUUGCUACUUGAGAUCAUUGUCUUUGCUUUUGCUUUUCAUUUUUUAAUUUCUUCAAUACAACCUUUCAUGCCUCCCUUCUAAGUGUUAGCUGAUGAGCAUUUUAUUUCUUUAAUAUUGAUAUUGCAGAAUCACAAAGCAAGCAAAUCAUAUUGUUAGCAGAAACAGGGUGCCAAUUCCCAAUCUUUUUU